CUCCACAGUGAACAGAGUGUCUGUACCAAACUAAAAAUGUUUUUAACAAGAGAAAACAUUGACUAAACCUUAAGAUCUCAAGCAGAAAAACAAAACAAGUGGAAGGGGCAAAACAAGUAAACCCAGCUUAUUCUGAUGCCUAAAGCCAGACAGAAUACAACUUCAAGUACCAUGGACAAAGAAACAGAGAACAUGGAAGAGUUCACCGACAUCCUCGUCUCCGAGGUCAUCGAGCAGGCUGCUGUGAACCUCGGCGAGCUUAUGCUGUCAAUCAGACACUGGGAUGCAGGGGAACGCAUCACAUCUGAGAAUGACAAAGACGAAUCCUCUGCUGGUUGUCUCACCCAACAGAAGGUGCAGCAACACCUGCAUAGGUUUUUUGCUAAGCGGCAACUGUUUGCUGAACAUUGUGGAGACAUUCUAGAGGACAAAGAGGUCACCUGCCCCAGCACCUCUCCAAACACGUCCAAAGAAAAAAUAAUGACAAACUCCUCUUCUUGGAGGUCAUGCCAAAGCUGUCCGUAUCCAGAGAGCCUGAAGAAAGAGGCAAAAGCAGCCAAAAUGCUCAUCUCCCAAGUGAUCAACGAUCAUCAUCAGCAGUCCAUUGAGGCACUGAGGAAACUUCAUACCACAGAUUCUGCCAGCCUAACUGAGAAACCAGCUGGCAAGUCAUAUGUCAAAAAGCUAAAGUCAGCAUGGAAGAGACGUUUUGGCAGGAAGAAGCGCAACAGAGUCAAAUCUGUUUCAGAGCAACAUGUAGACCAGGCCAACCAGGACAGUGCAGAUUCUUUCAAACAAGACGUCAGAUCCACCUGUCUAGAGCUGGUUGAGAAAGAAGAGGACUCUAUAGAGACAGAGAUGAGGAAUCUCCCAUCUCCAGCCUCCAGCAGCUCAUUUCCAUCACCCAAUCAGGUAGAUGGGGACGCUCAGCCAAAGAGCCACCAGAUGGCCGAAACUGCAACAGUUUUCCAAAAAGAGCUGAGAAGUUGGAAAUCCAUAGACUCUGAUGAUGGGGUUCUGAGGGCUGCUGCCGACACUGAGGGAGAGGUAGCUACCCCUGACCUGGCUGACAGCUGCUGUCAGGCCUUUCAGGAAACCUCCAGUCAUACUUCCACGGCCCAGACAUUUCAAGCCUUGCUCACUGAAGGCCAGGAAGAAUAUGAAAAGACUGAGACUGGUAGACAGACUAAUCAAAGUCCUCUAAAUCAAAAGAUCUCAGAGAAAGAGGCAGAAGGUUUCAGAGAAAGUGAGGAUGUCUGGAUCCCUAAGACAGGAUCAACCUUCAGACUCUCCACCAGGCCAGUGGAGAGCAGGAGGGCGACUUCAUCUGCUUUCUGUUCGUUCACAACCUCAGCCAUGUUUGAGGUAGCGAACACGAUUGACGGCCAAGUAAUUGAGACGGCCAUUAGGACACUAGAGUCCAUUGAUUCUGACGGCAAAGCUGAGAGUCCAGCCAGCAAGACAUUUUUCAAAAACAUAAGGACAACAUGGAAGAAACGCUUUGGUAAAAAGCAGCGUAAAAAGAUUGCGACAGUUUCAGACUGUCAUAAGGGUCAGAAAGAGCAGGAUGAGGCUCCUGCUGGACACCAAAUGUCUUUUGGUCUACAGCAAUUAUUUGCUGAGCCCCUUGAAGUGAAACCUUCAGAGGCUGACAAUGACCUGGUCAUGACAAUAUAUUUACCUCCAGAAAAAUCAGAAGAGGAUGGACAUUCUGUAUUUUCCCAUGAGGAAAAUAAAGCAGCAGCAGACCAGCAACUAGUCCUGGAUUCUUCUACAAUUGCAGCUAUAAUAACGAGAUUCUUCCAGAGUCUCAGUGAAGAGCAAUGGAGGGAAGUAAGCGAAGGUGUUUACAAUCAAGAUGUAAAGGAGCAGCUGAUUUACAUGUGCACGGAUGUGCUGAGGUUCAUCUCAGACUCAGUCAUUAAAAUUGUCUUACAGUCAAUGUGUCAGUUAUCUGCCACAUCUGGAACCUUAACUCUGAGGAGACCCUUGUCCUUGAAGAAUUUGUUGGAGUAUUUAAACUACAACUUUGAGAAUAGUUUGGAAAGCUCCUUCAGUCAGGCUCUCUGUGAAAUAAUUGGUGCUGACACACCUGUAAGGAUUUCGCCCAAAUUCACAGAGGCCAUAGUGGGAGAGGUCAUUGAAGAGGUUAAUUCUGCCAUAUCAGUGGCCAUACAAGCCUCAUUGGAUGGAGGAUCCUCCGGUGCCACUGUUCCCGCCAGCUGCCAGAUGUCAAAGGACAGAGCAGCCAAGAAGACUUUGGCAGGAGCUAUUGCAACUAUGAAAUCCUUUCUCACAGGACGAGGCACUGCAGUCAAGAGAAGGAUUCAGACAAAGAGCGGUUUAGAGCCUGACGUUAAAGAGGUGUCCACCAAGAAAAAAGAGUCACUGUGGAAGAGGUUUUUCAGAGGAAGGCAGAGAAAAGUCCAGCCGGUUGCGGUGGAAGAUUUGAACGUAGCUGCCAUGUCAGCCAGCGCUGACUUGACAUCUAUGUACACUCUAGAGAAACAACAGCUUUCAUGGUUUCCUCGAGAGUCCUCCACAUCCUCUCCCAGUGCUGCCCUGAAGACAGACCUGUGGUCAACUCCGCUAGAGUUGGUAGACUACGUGGAGGUUGAGGACAUGACACCAAAAGAUGCCAGAAAUGUUAUCUCAUCUCUGUCUUCUAUCAGCUCAAUUCCACUAGAUCAUCGGGUGUUUGAGGUCACUUGGCCCAAAUUCCUCGAGGAUCCACCUUUGUCCAAAGCUAUAGCUGAUGGGCUCCAAGACGAGAUGAGCGCUUCGUCUCAGUCUCCGUCCGAUGAUUCUGGUGACAAGGAAACCAUUCAAAUCUCUGCCAGCCGGUGUCUCAAUGUCAAAGGAAUCAAGGCUAAGGAGAGAAACGGCUUCUGCAGCUUUUUCUGCAACAUCUUCUCAAAGAAGGAGAAGAAGGAGGAGAAGAAGCAGGAGAGAGAUAAAGACUCCCCUGUGGAUGCAGCUGUUUUGCCCCCCUAUCUUUUAAAUAAACAUUAA